CUGUGACUUUUACUCAAUUUUAUUUUGUCAUUUUGCAUAUUCCAGUAUAACUUGAUAUGAUUGACACAUCCGGGCUAACUAAGUUUACUCCAGCUAUUAAUGUAAAAAAAAUUUUGAACUAGAGGACAAAAUAUCUAAAAUUCUCUCAGAGAUAAAGGUGAACAAACAGGAAAAAGCUUCUUUACAGAGAAAAAAGAGAAAUAUCGUGAAUGUGAUCCCGAGGUGUUAGAGGCAGUAAUCAAACAAACUGGCGAGGCCAAAGAGGCAGCUAAUCGCUGGACAGGAGCAUUUUCCGAUUGACGGAUGCUUAUACAUGAAAACACACAAAAACAUUACGUUAGGAGAUGUAAGCACAAAAAAUGGCAACGUUUUUACUGACUCGUCUAGCUUUAUGGUGUUACUGUUUGCAAGGAACAACUAUUCCUAUGAGGAGUAACUGGUGUAUGCAUUCCGACGGUUCUAUGACCUGUUGCACCAGUUAUUUUGAAGAGGAUGGGGAUUGUUAUGAAUGUGUAGGAUCACAUGGCAAGAAUUGUUCAAAUCCGUGUCCUCAAAAUUAUUUUGGGCCAAGAUGUACAAGACAAUGCCAGUGUUUAGAAUCAGAAUGUGAUAAAAUCUACGGAUGCCCAAAAGAAACAACUUUCCCUAUUCUUGAGACGAGUACUGCCAAAGUUCUUGGCACGAGUCACAGCAGCCAACUUUUAGAAGCUUCCAGCAAUGCAGCAUCAAAAUUAGAAACCUUCUUUGAAAACCUACAACUGCGUCACUGGCUUGUCAUCUGCAGUGUCUUUUUCCUGAUAGUGUUCGUCUUCUUUGUAAUAAUUGGGACAGUCAGGCGUAGAAACAAGAGAAAGAGAGAACAGAAACAGAGACUAGACACUGGUAGCGGCUAUCUAGGAACGCCGAUUACCCCUCACUCCUCAACACGCUUUCUAAAUGUGUCCUUCCAGUCAAGACCCAUAGAUGACCCCCCUAGACGAAUAUGAAAAUGAAAACCUUCUUGAUAAAAGACUUUUGAAACUAUGUAGUAUGCAUGUGUUAUUGAAAAAAAGAGAUAAAUUAUCGUGUGUUUUGUUUAAAAUUUAAA